GAUGGCGACUGCGGCUUGGCGCCUGGGUCGGUGCGUUGGAAGCUGGAGGCUGCGGCCGCAGUUAGCAGGCUUUGUUUCCCAGCGGGCCCACUCGCUAUUGCCCGUAGACGAUGCAAUUAAUGGGCUGAACGAGGAACAGAGGCAGCUCCGUCAGACCAUGAUUAAGUUCCUUCAGGAGCACUUGGCCCCCAAGGCCCAGGAGAUUGACAGGAGCAAUGAAUUCAAGGACCUUCGAGAGUUUUGGAAGCAGCUGGGAAAACUGGGAGUAUUGGGCAUCACAGCUCCUGUUCAGUAUGGAGGCUCAGGCCUGGGCUACCUGGAGCACGUGCUGGUGAUGGAAGAGAUAUCCCGAGUUUCUGCAGCAGUGGGACUCAGUUAUGGUGCCCACUCCAACCUCUGCAUCAACCAACUUGUGCGCUUUGCAAAUGAGGCCCAAAAGGAGAAGUAUCUUCCCAAGCUGAUCAGCGGGGAGUACAUUGGAGGCCUGGCCAUGAGUGAGUCCAAUGCAGGCUCUGAUGUUGUCUCCAUGAGGCUAAAAGCAGAAAAGAAAGGAGAUCACUACAUCUUGAAUGGCAACAAGUUCUGGAUCACCAACGGCCCCGACGCAGAUGUCCUUAUUGUUUAUGCCAAGACAGAUCUGACUGUUGUGCCACCUUCUAAGGGUAUCACGGCCUUCAUUGUGGAGAAGGGCAUGCCUGGCUUCAGCACUGCCAAGAAGCUGGACAAGCUGGGGAUGAGAGGCUCUAAUACCUGUGAGCUAAUCUUUGAUGAUUGCAAGGUUCCUGCUGCCAACAUCAUAACCAACCUGAAUCAGGGUGUGUACAUGCUGAUGAGCGGGCUGGACAUGGAGCGGGUAGUGCUGGCUGCAGGGCCAGUUGGGAUUAUGCAGUCCGUCCUCGACCACGCUAUUCCCUACCUACACACAAGGGAAGCCUUUGGCCAGAAGAUUGGCUACUUCCAGUUGAUGCAGGGGAAGAUGGCUGACAUGUACGUCUGCCUCAUGGCAUCCCGGCAAUACCUCUACAAUGUUGCCAGGGCCUGUGACGAAGGCCACUGCACCCCCAAGGACUGCGCAGGUGUGAUUCUUUACUCAGCAGAGUGUGCCACGAAGGUCGCCCUGGAGGGCAUCCAGUGUUUUGGUGGCAAUGGCUACAUCAACGACUUUCCCAUGGGCCGUUUUCUGCGAGAUGCCAAGCUGUAUGAGAUUGGGGCUGGGACCAGUGAGGUGAGGCGGAUAGUUGUCGGCAGAGCCUUUAACACAGACUUCCGUUAG